CAUUAAUUAACUAUCAUGAUCACUUCAAGAAGUAUCGUUAAAUUGACUUCCAAAUCAUUGAACCAAGGAUUACAUUUUCAAAAAUGUCAAGCUCAUGUUGGAUGGAUCGGACUGGGUUUCAUGGGUACUCCUAUGGCUAACCAUCUUAUCAACAAGUGUAACUCUCUGGUUGUUUACGACAUCAAUUCAGCAGCUGUUGAGCAAUUCAAGGCUAAAGAAUGUGAUCGAGUGUUCACAAUGGUUCCUGCUGAUCCUUAUGUGAUCGAAGUUUUCUCAGGAUCAAAUGGAUUACUCACUAAAGCUAAGAAAGGAACCAUCUUGAUGGACUGUUCAACUGUUCACCCAAAUACAUCCAAAAAGCUACUACAAUUGAGCAAUGAUGCUGGAGUUGAUUUCUUAGAUACUCCUGUUGCUGGUGCCGUUCCUGCUGCCAAUGCUGGUACUCUAACCUUUAUGUGUGGUGGUAAAGCCCAUUUGGUUAAAAAAGUUGAAUCCUUAUUACUCUGUAUGGGACGUAGAGUUAUCCAUUGUGGUGACACUGGUGCCGGUUCAGCUGCAAAAAUUUGCAACAAUAUGAUGCUUGCCAUAUCAAUGAUUGGAACUAGUGAAACCCUUGCUUUAGCUCAAGGCCUUGGUAUAGAUCUCAAAAUGAUGACCGAAAUUCUCAACAUCAGUUCUGGUCGUACCUGGUGCUCUGAUACCUACAAUCCUGUUCCUGGUAUAAUGGAAAAUGUGCCAUCUGCUAGAGAUUAUAAGCCUGGCUUCAAAGUUGAACUAAUUGCUAAAGAUUUAGGUAUUUCUCAGUCUUGUGCUAGUUUAACUGAUGCCCCUACUCCUAUGGGAGCUUUGGCUCUAUCGAUCUACAAAGCAAUGACCAACAAUGGUCAUGGAGAGAGAUAUUUUUCUUAUGCUUACCAAUUCCUAUUGAAAAAAGUUGCUGGUGGAGUUAGGAAAAGUUAA